UCGCUGAAUCAGCAACACACGUGGCGGCGCGGGUGCAGGGAAACAAAGGGGACAAAGCGAACCAGACAAUUGAAGCUGUGUCCUCGUCAAAGUCGCCUUCCAUGAUGCCCAAGUUUCUCCUACUCUUCUUACCGUCUCUGCUGUUCUCUGCGUGUCUCGCUGGUGAUGAACAGCCUCCCCACUUCGACGAGAGCUACCUCAUCGGCAUGCGGGCCUACACCCGGGAGGACUGGGCCGUGGCCACUGCUGGCAUGCAGCAGGCCGUGAGGGACUUUGAGAGCUAUAACGAGGCCAGCCUCAAGUGCCUGAAGCUGUGCGAGAACCAAAAGGUGAAGGUGCCAGUGGACUACUAUGACGACCAGGAGCUAGCUGUGUUCCAUGAGAUCAUAGCCAGAGAGACUUGUAUAAGGAACUGCAGGGACAAGGAGGUGGACGUGUACCCCAGAGCAGGGAUUACCAGCUAUACCAUGGACCACAUGAAAACAAGAAUGUGUACGACUACCUUCAACUGGCUCUCUUCAGGAGGGCAAGCGUGAGGAGGCAGCCAAGGCAUGUGCCACGUUUGUCUACUAUAACCCUCGUCACAUCAAUGCCUCGGUGAGUCUGGUGUUCCACAAGAAGAACAAGAAUCUCACCGAGGAGGACUUCAUUCCACACAACAAAAUGACCUACUGGGACCUGUACUACAUGGGCAUUGAGCUCUACCAUAGGAACAGUGGCAGAGCUGGUGAUGUGAUGGGACCUCUCUACAGGAACUGCCCGGGCUCUCCAGCGGUGCAGGGAUGAGUGCUAUGGCCCUCUCAACCUUGGCCGCAGAAUGGGCUUUGCUCAGACGGUAUCCACCAGAUGAUCACACUGAAGGAGUGUCAGAGCCAGUGUAUCCACAAACUGGGAGAACUGAGGUUUGUACAAUACUGAGGAGUUCUUUGGCAGCUACUUCCACUACCUCCAGUAUGGCUACCACAUGUUGAAUGCAAGUCUACCAGCCAUCCAGGCAUCGGCCACACAGCUACAGUUGGAACCCCACAGUGAUGUGGCCAAGAAAAACGCCGUCUUCUACCGACAGCAACAUGGAGUCACUCGCAAGGACUUUAUUCCACGAGAGGAUGUACAGCCACUGAUAGAGUCCAUGGAUCUGGAGCAUUCCUUCAUGCAUGUCCUGGAUGAGUUGUCAGGUCAUCUGGAGCAGUUUGGGGAGGAGAGACAGGGAGGAGAGGAGGGACAGGACGAUGCUGAACUGCUGGACAAUGACUUCUUUGCCUAUCCUCCUGCCAAUAUGCCACAAACAGGAGAAUUGGAAUGGCAAGAGUGGAGUAAGCCUGAAAUAGUGAGGUUCACAACUGACCCAGACCGUAUGCUGGCAGACAAUGUUUUAUCUCAAGACCAGUGUGACAAACUACUAGAAUUGGCCAAGCACUGUAAGGAGGGAGAUGGCUACCAACGCAAGGCCCCACACACUUACAACGAGCUCUUUGAAGGACUCAACAUUCUUGAUGCAGCCAAGAAAUCCCAAGAGGGAGAGGUUGUUCCAGAGCUAUCUCAACUGUAUGUCAAUGCCAGCAGGAGGUCUCGAGAUGCAAUAGCCAAGGAAUUCAAUCUCCAAACUCCACUCUAUUUCUCCUACACCCACUUAGUCUGUCGCACCGCCAAAGAUGUGGUGGAGAGGAGAGAUCUGAGUCAUCCAGUCCACUCUGAUAACUGCAUCCUGAACGAGGCCACUGGAGAAUGUGACAAAGUCCCUCCUGCCUACACCUGGAGAGACUACAGUGCCAUUCUGUACCUCAAUGAUGAGUUUGAAGGAGGAGACUUCUUCUAUGCACACUCUACAAAAGACCUCUCACCUGAGGAGACGGUGAGUCCAAAGUGUGGUCGUCUGGUGGCCUUCUCAGCAGGGAAGGAGAACAUGCACGGAGUACUGGCUGUCACCAAGGGCAGGAGGUGUGCCGUGGCUCUCUGGUUCACCCUUGACCCCAACCACAAGGAGGCUACCUUCUCCAUGGCUGAGGAGAUUCUCCACGAGAUUAAGACUGUUUCAUGAUAGGGAUUUCGUCUACAACUGAUUCAAAUUGUGUUGUUCUUUUCUCUUUUGUACCAUUAUUAUGCAACUGUGUGGACAUUGUAAUUCACUUGUGCGUCACUAGAUAAUAAUUAU